AUAUUGAUACCCAAUCGGCACAUUCUUCGUAAUUCUUUGUGACCUUGACUGGUCAUUUUUGAAGGAAACAGCAAAUAGUGGAAAGAGAGAGAGAUUGAGAGACAUGACUCAACCCAAAUCCUAUUGUUUAUUCAUUUCUCUCCACACUCGUUGUGUAUGGAGCUAAUACUGAGUGUGACGGAUUGAUCCAACCCUAGAUGGACAGUAAAGAUUAAGAGGGAUGACAAAUAGGCACUUGCUUACACAGCGCUUGCUACUAAUCCCCUUGUCUUCCUUUAGGGAGCCCACGGUGGACUUAGAGUCACUCACUGUUUGGCAUCACCAAGCACACCAUGAAGAGGUGACAGUCAGACAGAGAUACACUGAACCCAAAACAGAGAUCUCCAUAAGGACCAAAAGAUUUACUGAAGAACUUUUGGUGGAUUCAUCAUCAGAUUUCAAAAGCAAGAUCUUUACAAGGGCGCUCUUUGGAAACUUCUCCAAUAUAUUGAAUGGAGGAUCCAAUGUCUGAAAUGUCCAUGCCAUUUGCAUCAUCCACAGAUUCUUCCAGGAGAAACUCUACAGAUGACAGACACGAGGGUAGAAGUCCAGCUCCUGGCAAAAUCCUAAACUCAGGACUUCUGUGCAAAGUCUGUUCAGACACCAGCAGUGGGAAACACUAUGGUAUAUAUGCUUGUAAUGGAUGCAGUGGCUUUUUCAAACGCAGCGUGAGACGCAGGCUCAUCUACAGAUGUCAGGCUGGUACCGGUAUGUGUCCCGUGGAUAAAGCCCAUCGUAAUCAGUGCCAGGCCUGUCGCUUGAAGAAAUGCCUUCAGGCUGGCAUGAACAAGGAUGCUGUUCAGAAUGAACGUCAGCCACGCAGUACGGCUCAGGUCAGGUUAGACGCUUUGGAUGUUGACAAAGAUAAGGAGCACCUGGCGACCACUCUGGAGCCCACGUCCUCUUCAACCUGCUCUGUCAUCAACCGUUCGAUCCCCAUCAUCAGCUCCACAGAUACCAACCAGCACUCCAGCAGUCCCAAAAACGGGCAUCGCUUCAUGGCCAGCCUCAUGACGGCUGAGACCUGCGCCAAACUGGAGCCAGAAGACGUUGAUGAAAACAUUGACGUGACCAGUAAUGAACCCGAGAGAAGCUCUCCAGAGUACGGCAGUGCUCUCUACCCCACAAGGGCUCCCGAAAGUGUGUACGAGACCUCGGCCCGUCUGCUCUUCAUGUCUGUUAAAUGGGCCAAGAACCUGCCAGUGUUUUCCCAUUUGCCUUUCAGAGAUCAGGUGAUACUGCUCGAGGAAGCGUGGAGCGAGCUCUUUCUCCUGUGUGCGAUACAGUGGUCUUUGCCCUUGGACAACUGUCCCCUGUUGUCCUUACCUGAUCUCUCACCUCCAGGACAGGGCAAGGGAAGCCCAUCCGCUUCAGAUGUCAGGGUCCUGCAAGAAGUGUUCAGUCGAUUCAGACCCCUGCAAGUGGAUCCGACUGAGUUUGCUUGCUUGAAAGCCAUUGUCCUGUUUAAGCCAGAAACACGAGGACUGAAAGACCCAGAACAGGUGGAGAACCUACAAGAUCAGUCACAGGUGCUGUUAGCUCAGCAUAUGCACACUUUAUACCCCAAUCAAGUCGCCAGGUUUGGGAGAUUAUUGCUUCUCCUCCCGUCUCUACAUUUUGUGAGUUCAGAGAGAAUCGAGCAGCUUUUCUUUCAGAGAACCAUCGGGAACACGCCGAUGGAGAAACUCCUCUGUGAUAUGUUCAAAAACUGAGAAGUGUAAAAUCCUCUGGACUUUAGGUGCUUUGCUUCACUGCCAUGCUAGUUAAUAAGCCAAUGAAUCUGCCUGAAUGCUAAAAAGCUCAAAUGUAUAUAGGCCACAUUAUUUUGCAUAGUUUGCAUAUUUUAUAUCUCUUUAUGUCGUAUUUUGUCUCUUUUUAUUUGUGUUAGUUUUUAUACUCAUAACAUUGCUCAUGUCUAUGCAUCUCCUUUAUGUAAAAUCCUAGAUAUCUGUCACAGCCUGUUGAGAAUACAGAUUGCCUUCCAAUGCUCGUAUAAUGCAAUAUUUUUUUAGCAAAAUAUUUGAUGGAAAUCAAAGUUUGAAGACUCUAAAAUGGGAUGCUACUACAUGGGAUGCUUUAUACUUAAAAAUAUAUAUACCUCUAUUUUGUAGGCCAUAUAAAUAAAUGUA